UCAUUCGCUGGUCUGGUCUGGUCAGCAACAACGCUGGCAGGGCGUAGAAAUUCUCGGUAUGUUUUCGACUUGGUAUUUGUUCGUUUUCUUUACAUUAAACGACUCAUGAAAGCCUGAUCGCUGGUUUCGCUUAAAAUGAAGCGUUAAUGUUAUUGCAAAGUAUGGCGCAAUCUAUUUUCGACGCUUUAACAGGCGUAUCUUUGGACAGUCCUGUGCAAUCGUUAUUAGAGUCUCAGACUCUAAUAACUGAGGUUGAUCACUCAGUGAUAGAUCAGGAUGAAGAAGAUAUAUUUCAGUGCGGGAAAUGCAAAAGCCAGUUUACAUCGCUGCACAUGUUUAUAUUGCACAAAAGGGCCCAUCAGAAAACGCAUGAGGAAACCAUAGAUCUGAGUCAAUUUUUAGUGAAUGAUGAAAGCCAACCUGUUCAUACAGAAGAAAAUGAUCAAGAUACAUCGCAAUACAAUCCACAACAAACAUUUGUUCAAAAUGAUCAACUUGGUGAACCAAUUAUACUCGAAGAAUCAGACAUGCUCUUUAGCAUGGAUCAAGAGGGUGCUAGUUAUUUUACAACAGAUUCCUCAUUUAGUGUUCCAAUUAUAUUGAGUUCAGAAAGCUUGGAUCCUUUUGCAAACUCGACUAUUCCAUCUGAUAAUGAGCCCAUGAAUGACGAUUCAAGCGAUGUAUCUCAAGUUUUACCCAGUGAUAUUUCUCAAGAGCACACCAUUAACAAUUCAGAAAAGGUUGAUAUACAAAUGACUGAAAAUUCAUUAAUAGAUUCAGAUACUAUUGCUAAUCAAACACAAAAUUUAAAAUACAAAUGCGGUUACUGUAACAAACAGUUCGCGAAAAAAUUUUAUUGGCAACAACAUGAACGUUCCCACACAGGGGAAAAACCAUAUCAGUGCGUAGUAUGCGGACGUGCGUUCGCACAAAAAUCCAACGUGAAGAAACAUAUGUCGUCCCAUAAAGUUUGGCCCGGCACUGCUAUACACUCUUUACCCCCUGAGGUACCUCCGGAUGGAAGCAUAGACCGUACCUAUCACUGUCAGUUUUGCAAAGAAAUAUUCGAUUCGUACAAAGCUCUAAAGGGCCACCUUAUAGUCUCUCACUUAGCACUAAAAGUGUACAAAUGUGUGCAAAGUAGCUGUAGCAUGAUGUUUUCCGAACUUGAAGAUUUCUUGGAACAUACCCGCAGUCAUAAGAGAUCAGAAUAUCGUUGUCAUGUGUGUGGUGGAGUAUUUAAUACUCUGUCUGAUCUUGGGCUACAUCAAUAUACUCAUUCCGUCCAAAAACAAAAAACAACAGAGAAAUAUUACUGUUGCUCUAUUUGCAAGUCCUCCUUCUCGAAUUUGGAGGCUUUGCAACAUCAUACCGAAACUACAACACACGAUUACGCCUGUCUGCAUUGUGGAAAAAGUUUCUUGAUCGAACGAUUUUUAAGGCGUCAUUUAAAAACGCACGCCUCAUCCGCGCGAUUUGCCUGCGAAGAUUGCGGGAAGGCCUUUAAAACUGAGCAAUAUUUAGCCAAUCAUAAAUUAAUACAUAGCGAGGAGACACCGUUUCUAUGUCCACACUGUCCAGCUAGAUUCAAACGAAAAGAUCGUUUGGGUCGCCACAUGCUGAUUCAUGAUUUAACAAAGAGAUUAAAGUGCCCCUUCAGAGGUUACUUAGGUUGCAUGAGUGAAUUUUCGCGACCUGAUAAAUUAAAGCGUCACCUUCUGACGCAUAGCAAUAUCAAAAGAUUUAGUUGUAGUCAUUGUAAUCGUAAUUUCCAUCGGGCACAAGCUCUUAAGCAUCACGAGAUGAAUAAGCAUAGUUUGAAAUGCGAAAUUUGUUCACACGCAUUUAAAACUAAAGAGCAGUUACUGACUCAUAAUUGUGACCAGUCGAACGAGACUAAAAAGCACUCGAGCUCACAGUUACCUAAGAAAGCUUCUGGAUCAUUUAAACCAAGGAAACCUACUCCAAAGAGACAAACAUCAUCAAAGACUGCAAUUGGACUUGCUGAUAAGGAGAAACUAGAGAAAUUUAAGGCUGAUGAAUUACAAAGAAAAAUUACCUCCGAAACGUUAAAGUCUGACGAUUACAAAGAUGAAAUUUGUACCAAAAAAGUAGAGAAUAUUUCUAUAUCAAAAGAAAUUGGUUCAACGAUCGAAGUACUCAUUAGAUCUGAUGCAACGGACAAUGAAAUCAAACGCAACAUUGAUACAUAUUCGGUACAACAGAUAGGCGAAUAG